AUGUCUUUGGCUUCAGGCCCUGGCAGGGCCGCUGGGACGCUUGCCGAUCAGAAGCUAUACGCCGAGAAGCAUAUUGACUACAUCAAAAAACUGGAUAGCCGGAAAGAUGAGCUGGAAUACUGGCUCACAGAGCACCUGCGACUUAAUGGAGUCUACUGGGGCUUGACGGCUUUGCAUCUCCUUGGGUGCCCGGACGGCUUGCCGCGCGACAACGCUGUGGACUUUGUCCUCUCAUGCCAGCAAGAAAAUGGUGGUUUCGGUGCUGCACCAGGCCACGAUGCACAUCUGCUGUACACAGUGUCUGCUGUGCAGAUUCUGGUGACCUUGGACGCUGUUGAUGAGCUGGAAAAGCGCGGGUUGGGCGGCAAGCAGAAAGUCGGAUCCUUCAUCGCAGGGCUACAGGACAGGGAGUCUGGCUCUUUCAUGGGUGACGAGUGGGGCGAGUUGGAUACCAGGUUUCUCUAUGGAGCGCUCAACGCCUUAUCUCUCCUGGGGCUUUUGCACUUGGUUGAUGUUACCAAGGCUGUCUCAUAUGUCCAGAAAUGCGAAAAUCUGGAUGGAGGAUACGGAGUCACUCCCGGUGCGGAGUCGCACGCCGGUCAGGUCUUUACCUGUGUAGGAGCACUUGCUAUUGCCGGGCGAUUAGAUCUGGUCGACAAGGACCGCUUAGGUGGCUGGCUUAGCGAGCGACAGCUCGAACACGGCGGGCUCAAUGGGCGGCCGGAGAAACUAGCAGACGCUUGUUAUAGCUGGUGGGUUGGAGCGAGCUUGGCCAUGAUUGACAAGCUCGACUGGAUUGAUGGUCCUAAACUUGUUGCCUACAUCCUACACUGUCAGGAUCCAGAGGCUGGUGGUUUUGCCGACCGUCCCGACAAUGCCGUCGAUGUCUUCCAUACGCACUUUGCCGUGGCCGGCUUAAGCCUUCUUGGGUUCGAAGGUGUUGAGGAAGUAGAUCCCGUCUAUUGUAUGCCGAAAGCAAUCACAAGCAAAGUCUUGUCUGCGUAG